UGUCACAGACACCAACAUAUAAUGCACACAUCGACUGAGCUAGCUGAACUCCCGAUCGUCGACUUUGCUUUGGCGGUGGAGAAACAAAUAAAGUUUGUUGAAUACUCGUACCUGUAAAGUGAAGUAGUGAAAGAUUGCAAUCGAGUGGUCCGUGGUACGGUAGUCCGCUGGUGUCGUCAUAAUCGUGAAGUGCUAAUUCGUAGUUUUAAGAGUGCCAUAACGAAAGGUGAAAACUUUUUCUCGCUACUGAAACUUCAGGUUGAAAUUAAAAUAAUUGGAAAAGCGAUUUGCUGGUUAUACAGGUGUGCUACUAUCAGACAGGUUCAAUGAUAAUAGAUGCAAUUCUGCAUCUGAAUCGUGACAGCAAAUUUUCAUAGCAGAAGAUUGACAAGUGUUAAUGUAUUGAGUAAGAAGCUGAUCUCCGCUGAUGGUAAGCUACACCAUAAGCGGUUGAAUGCGACCAGACGAGGAGUAAGAAAAAAAGCUGGCAACUUUUUUGGUGCGCCGUGGAAUUGAAAGUGGAUCAAAAGCUCCAGUAGUCAGAAGCGGAGUGUCUGUAGUAGCAAAAAAUAAGAAGAAAACCCGUAGUAAUUAAACAAGUGAAUAGUGUUUGUGGUUGGUAGUGGCUGGAUACAGUUUGCAUAAAUUUGGAAUUGAUGUUUCCCGGAUAUCUGACCGAAUCUUGAUACAAAAUACCAGCGCAGGUAGCUGGAUCGAAACACCCAUUGAAAAGUGACAGUGUUCCAAUGAGCAAGCAACCAUGAAUAAAUAAAAAAAUGCACUAGCAAAAGGAUUCAAGAUUUGUAGCCGUUUGGUCGGGUGGUGUACGUAACUGGCUACGCCUGCCUUAUCAUUUGGCUAACUUUCAAGACAUACUCAGUUGUAAAGGUGCGACUGCAGUUUAUUCCAGCGAUCACCUAAGACCGUUGUGGUCCAUAACGGAUUCCUCGAAAGGGAUCCGCCUUCGAGGAAACGUUCCAAUCGCGCAAUGUCGGAAGGAUUUGUUGCUGGUGCGCAGCAAGAAGAUAUACUCCAGCAGCAGCAAUCGCAGGCAGAGUAUCAGUGGUCCUCAUACACCAUCAUGGAUUCGUCCCGAGUUUCAACCUGCCUUAUUUCGAUGCUCCUGAUUGUAUAUGGUAGCUUCCGUAGCCUCAAUAUGGAACAGGAGCAACGCGAAAAGGAGAAAAAGCGUCAAAGCGAAAGCAUGAACAAUCUCAUCACAGGUGAACCUGUACAACAGGAGCAAAAUAAAUUUGCUACAUUAGAUACGAUGCACGCCCUGUGUCUUCCGCUGGGAGCUUCUAUAUCACUGCUUGUGAUGUUCUUUUUCUUUGAUUCAAUGCAAAUGUUAUUCGCCGUUUGUACAGCAAUCAUCGCCACUGUUGCGCUAGCAUUCUUGUUGCUACCGAUGUGUCAGUAUAUUAUUCGUCCCUGUUCAGAUGGAAAUCGGAUAUCCUUCGGCGUGUGUGGCCGUUUUACAGCUGCCGAGCUGUUCAGCUUCUCUCUAGCGGUAUCGAUUGUCUGCAUCUGGGUUUUAACAGGUCAUUGGCUAUUGAUGGAUGCCAUGGGCAUGGGACUUUGCGUUGCAUUUAUUGCCUUCGUUCGGUUACCUAGUCUAAAAGUGUCCACCUUACUACUCACAGGACUGCUGAUCUAUGAUGUAUUUUGGGUAUUUUUUUCGUCAUACAUUUUCAAUACCAACGUAAUGGUCAAAGUAGCAACUCGACCCGCCGAUAACCCGGUUGGAAUCGUUGCGCGGAAGUUGAAUCUCGGUGGAAUAGUAAGAGAACCGCCCAAGUUGAACCUUCCAGGAAAGCUGGUAUUUCCCAGUAUUCACAACAGCGGUCACUUCUCUAUGCUCGGGUUAGGUGAUAUUGUAAUGCCUGGAUUACUGCUAUGUUUUGUACUCCGUUAUGAUGCAUACAAGAAAUCCCAAUGCACGCAGACUGCAGAAACGGGAAUUCCUCCACCGAGAGGAGUCGGCUCGAAGCUUACUUAUUUCCAUUGUUCCUUAUUAGGUUAUUUCCUCGGUUUACUUACCGCAACCGUUAGUUCGGAAGUUUUUAAAGCAGCACAGCCUGCAUUGCUGUACCUAGUUCCGUUCACAUUGCUACCUCUGCUGACGAUGGCUUAUUUGAAGGGUGAUUUGAGACGAAUGUGGAGUGAACCAUUCAUUAUUCAGCAAACAUCAAAGCAGUUAGAGGUAUGAACUGUAACCGCUAUUUAUUACGAAGACAUACAUAUAUAGUAUUAAGAUUACCUUGAAAGGUAAAGUAAAACAAAUUCUUCAGAAUGAGAACAUGAUUAGUGUAAGUUACUACACACAUAAGAGCUAAAAAUAAAACAAUUCAGAUAUGAUUAUGAAUGUAUUUAGCAACAAAACGAUCAAAGUAGGAGACAGGCAGAAGAACACGUCACCAUGCGUCAUUAUACUCCAGAGAAAGAAAUUGAGAUCAUUCUCAGUUAGAACAAGCAGUUUGAACAAAUAUUAUACGUGAAUACAGACAGCUACAUUACAAGCUAGUAUAGAAAUUAUCUACAGUUAGGAAUAAUUUUUUGUGAAUUUUAACAUCUUUAGUUUUUUUCUUUCGAAGAUUAUAGCAAUUAAUACGUACGAUUAAUUUACAUUAAAUCUUGAACAAAUUGCGGUUGUAGCCACUGUGCACCAGAGAAGUUAGACUUCGUUAAUCAAACGUAACGAUUAUUUUAUAUACUCCCAUGCAGAGCAAAUACCAUCUUCAUACAGUACCUCUAGCUAUUUCAUCUAAUUUAAAAAUCAGUAAGCUUUGUAAUAGCUUUUCAUUGAAAAUGCGCGGUUUUUAAAUGUCAUCGUUCGACUGAAGCAAAAAUACAUAAGUAGCAAGUGAAACUGAAUCGAAGUAAUGUCCCAGUAAAGUCAAAUUAUUAGAAAGCUUUAGGUUUUUGUGUGUACAGGCAGGGCAGGUACCGUUUUUGAUCGCAAUUUUCGAGUAGACUAGAUCGAUAGUCGCUAUCAUGUGUUCUGCGAAAUUUGUUCGAAAUAGAUCCGAACCACAUAGCGAUAGAGAAUGUUCAACCAUCAGUCAUGGAUUCUCAUACACACCUAUAGCUAAAUGCGACAUGACAAAAAAAUAAAACAUAAAAAUGUGAUAAAUAAUUUUGUAUAAUCUCUUAACUCUCUGUGCAUGCCUAUCUCGAAUGUAUACUUUAUUUUGAAUAGAGCAGUCUGUUUAAAAUAGUGAAAUAAAACUCGUUUUUGAACAA